UGAAGCUAUACCUAUUUUUUACAGUCUCUGGAGGCUACCUAUUUUUAUACAGUCUCUGUCUGGCUACCCAGGAUGUUUGCUUUUUUAGUUGACAGUCAACCGAGCAGAAGAACUGUAUGAUAGGAGGAACAACAUAUGUCUCAUCUUGUUACCAAAAACAUCUAAAUAAUUUUAGUUCUGGUCUUCUGGUUUGUUUCUGCGUUCUCUGCUGUUACAGUACAAAGGAUCGACUCUGCCGAGGGGUUUAUCGCCAGUCAGAAAGGGGACGCACAUUGCAUACUGGAAAAUAUCUGAUAGCGACAUUCCAAAAUAUUUGCCAGCGUCAAUGUCACCAUUCAAGUUCUCGCGAUGAUUAUGGGAAAUUGCCAUGGAAAUACCUGACGCAAGGAAGGACCAGGGCACGCCAGACCAUUUGCGAGGGUUUUCAUUCUGCGAAUGCUUAUGGAGUUCCGACAGACCACAAACAUGCCAUGUUCAGAAGUUUCAGAGGCGGCCAAUGGAAUAUCUACCUCUCCUGCAAAGCGUCUCAAGGCAGAGACAGACCCUAAACCAGCCAAAGCAGUCCUAAAAUUCGCCAAGCUUUCCGAAAAUGCAACUGUUCCUACAAGGGGGUCCGCCAAAGCCGCGGGUUAUGAUCUUUACAGUGCCUACGACUACUCAAUAGCCCCGCUGGAUAAAACCAUUGUGAAGACAGACAUUCAGAUCGCUGUUCCCCCCGGCUGUUACGGGAGAGUUGCUCCACGGUCCGGAUUAGCUGCAAAACACUUCAUCGAUGUUGGAGCGGGGGUUGUUGAUGAAGAUUACAGAGGAAACGUCGGGGUCGUUCUCUUCAACUUCAGUAAAGAAACGUUUGAAGUAAAAAAGGGAGACCGUGUGGCCCAGCUAAUCUGUGAGAAAAUCUGCUACCCUGAACUGGAGCAGCACGAUACACUGGAUGUAACAGCACGAGGAGCCGGUGGGUUUGGGUCAACUGGCACAAACUGAGUUGCAGUUUACCUCUUUACCUUUUUUAUGUGAACUUAAUGUACGUAAUGUUACAUUUUUUGUUUGUUUGUUUUAAAAUAUGGAAACAUUUUUUCUGUAGUCUUCAACUAUUGAAUUUCUAGUCUCUGAAGAUGUCUGAAGUUCCCAUUAAAGCAUGGUUGGCUGUGGAA